AUGGACUCUCCGCAGCGACCUGUCCUGAGUCCUCCGAAAAUCCUACACCCGCUGUCACCCGAAAGGAUGAAUCAACAAACAGUACCCGCCUCUCCAUCUCUGCCCACCGACCUUUUGUCGCUCCAUCACAAAAAUACUAAAGGAGUCUCUGAGGUUCAGGCCAAGGUCGCGUUCCUGAACAGUCUAUCACGAGGAAACAGCCCUUUGACGCACACACAAUCCGCUGCCGCCAAUGCCGCGUUGCAGCGCGCGAUUCUCGGUCGCGAAGAGGCCGAGUCUGCAUUGAUAUCCUUACAAGAAGAGUAUUCUGAAGCUCAGUCUCGCGAACGCCGCAUCAGUGAACGACUAGAGUCUUUGUUGGAGGAACUCCACGCGGCCAAGGAGCGCCAAGCGCACGAGCGAUCGAUUUUCGAAAAAGAGAUCCGCAAAGCGCGCAAAGAAGCCUUCCGUGCAAGCUCAACUCUCGUCAAACUACAAGAAGAAUUGAAGCAGUCAAAAUCCGAGACCAAGGCACUCAAAGAUGAGGUCAAUACCGAGCGAGAAUCCAAAGACAGGGCAAAGCAGGAAGCGUUCGAGCGCGCGUACGCUCUGGCCGGUCUUACCGAAGAACUCGAAGAAUUGAAAGGACAAUUGCGAUCUCUGGAAGCCGCCAACCGAAUGAGCGCUCGGGAAGCUCGAGCUCAUCAGACAAGGAUUGCGAACUCAGGUCGAAUCUCCAUCACUGAGGGCGACCUCGCUUUCUUGAUAACUCCCCGCCGCCCUAAGCGCGCUGCUGUGGGAUCGGUCAAGUCCCCAGCGUUCGACACCAAUGCGGGAGAUUUGGUCGAAGCUACUCCACCAAAGCGACAGCGCCUUUCUGAGUGUACAACAGCAGUUGAGACCGAGGAAGUGACCCCAGAUGCUUCGCUCUGCAAUACGAACAACGAUGAAAUUGAGGAUUUGCGCGAUGAGCUGGAGUACGAGCGCCGUCGCCGCGCCGAAGCCGAAGAGAUGAUUCACUUCAUGAACAUCGAAUGUCAGUUUCAACGGUGCUCGUGCCGUAUUGCCGAAAGCCAAGGCCGUCCUUAUAUCUAUGAUGCCGAGUAUUACGAGCAGGUACAGAAGCCUCACGUCGAAACCAACGCCGGUAUUGGGCAGAAUGAUUGCCCGGCCCACGUCGAGGCUCAGCACGAAGCAGUUGUUUGCUAUCCCGAAUCAAGCCAUACACCGAGUGUCGAACCUCCAUCUCAUUUGAGUGGCCACGUCGAUGGGACCUCUGACGCCGACUCUAUGGCCGAGCCAAAUAUGAAACCCGAGCCAAUCGAGCCCCCGGAGAAGAUGAGAAUGCCCGAGGAGCCGCUUGUUACGUUCUCCCCGGAGACAGGGACUUUUAAAACAUUCCCCUCGCCUCUUCGCAGCAACAUUCCACCUCACAAGGCCGUAUCACCAAGGAUACCCGAGCAGCCAGUCUUCAAUCCCGCUGGGAAAAGCUGGAGGGACCCAGCGCCACCAUCCGCUUACCCCCCUGAAGACUCAUCUCAUUCUAAGUUAACAAGCGACUCUCGAACCGCCCACGUUGCCCAUGCGGAUGGUGCAUUUGAUCUACCUAAAGUCUCCAGACCGCCUGCGGAAAUCAGAUCAUCAAGACCCGCAGAAAGAGAUCCACAUGUCUCACAAACAACAUCCAAGCGAGUUCCGCUUCGUUCGGAAAUUGAGCAUCGCACUUCAGAUUCUUCUGGUAUACUUCCUGACACCCCGGUCAGUCGGGAGUAUGCCCUCGCACAGAUCGCUGCCCGCCGCGAUCGUGCCCGCAGCAAGCAACGCUCUGUCAGCGCAAACGAGGCCUCUGGACGCAAGAUCCCACUCACUGGGAGCGGUACAAUAACUUCUGGCCGUGCUCCAAGACGCAUGCCCAAUUUACGGCCAGAGGCCAGAUCAGAGAAAGACCUGGCAGAGCGACGGGACUUGAGUGCCCCCAUGCGGAUGUACCAGUAA